CCCACUGCCGGCCUGGUGGUGUCGCUGAGUGUGUGAUCUGCUUGUGUCACUGUAGUGCAUAAGGAGGAAGGGGGGAGGAGAGAGAGAGAGAGAGAGAGAGGCAGAGUGGAAAACAGGCCUCCACCCCGAGUGUCAGGGAAAUGGGAGCCUGUAUGAGGGAUAAAGCAGCGAGCCUCUGCAUCAUCUACACCUCUGAAGCAAAGGAGCUAUGGAGAAAAGACAUUUUAGCUCUGAAGUAUCUCACUGAUCUCCUGAAGCAGCAUAACCUAUCCCGAACACUUCUCUGAGCUCCAGAGAACAUGAGGAACGCUCUACAGAUCUACAGCUCUAUAGGGCCGAGUGUAAGAUGAGGGGAGAUUAUAUUUGGCCUGUAAAACUCCAUGUCUUCAGUGGAUCAGAUAAACUGCACAGUGAACAUUAGUGCAAACACACUCUGUAGUUCAUAUUAAAGUCUGCGUUAGUUCUCCCUCCAAACCACAUGGAGGCACAGCAAGGUUCUCCGGACAGCAGCAGUGAGGAAUGUACCGUUCUGGAGGCUUUUCCUGGCAAAGGAACCAUUUGCUCUCAACAUAAAGGAAAAGCCCUAGCAUUUUAUUGCCUGCCGUGUGAGAGUGCUGUGUGUGAGGAGUGUAUUGAGGGGGAACAUGCCGACCACCUGACAGAUUCACUGGAAACAAUUGUGGCACAACAGCGAACAGCUUUGCACGAAAGACUGAAUGCAGCUCAGAACAGGCUUCCCCAGAUCAGAGAUGCUGUACAGACACUGAAGGACAUCCUGCAGCAGCUGAGCACUCAGAAGAACUGUAUCGAGGAGGACAUCCACUUCUCCUUUAGUGAGCUGCACAAGACCCUGGACACACGUAAGAGUGUCCUGCUCAUGGAGCUAGAGGUCACCUAUGGAUUAAAGCAGAAGGUACUGCAGAAUCAGUUAGACACUCUGCUUAAAGAGGAGGCUGAAAUCAGCAGUAACUGUAGUCAGACAGGAGAGGCGUUGGAUGGGGCAAGUGAGGCUGUUGUUCUGCAGACUCAUAAAGACUUUGGAGAGCGACUGAGUGAGCUGGCCAGUCAGGGCCUUCCCCUCCAACCUGAGGAGAACGAUCAGCUGGAGCUUAUGAUGGAAGUGGAAGGACUUCGUAAGUCCAUCCACAACCUGGGUGCCAUUAUCACCACCAAUGCGGUAGCCAGCCAGACUGAGGCUUCAGGAGAUGGUCUAGAGCAAUGCAUUGUAGGUCAGCCAACCUCCAUCAUCAUAACCACCAGAGACAAGUCAGGGGGCCUGUGCAAGUCAGGCAAUGCUGUCAUCUCGGGAGAAGUCUUCACACCUGAUGGCAGUGUCAUGGAUGGAGAGAUUUUGGAUCAUAAGAAUGGCACCUAUGAGUUCCUGUACACGUUGCACAAGGAGGGGGACUUUAGUCUGGCGCUGAGACUCUAUGAUCAGCACAUCAAGGGAAGCCCCUUCCGGCUGAAGGUCACCAGUUCUCCAGACGAUUCUCCCACCACCACGUCUGGAGCCAACGCUGCCUCCACAGGCUCCAGUGAUGGUGGUGCGAGGAGACGGAGUGCCAAGUCCCCGGGUAGCAGGAGCCGACAGAAAGGGCUGCGCAGAGGUGGGAGCUUGUUCAGCACACCCAAGAAGAAAGUAAAUCCCAUUGAAGAUGAUCUUAUCUUCAGAAUCGGAACAAAAGGAAGGAAUAAAGGUGAAUUCACCAAUCUACAGGGUGUAGCUGCCUCAUCAGGAAGUAUCCUGAUUGCAGACAGUAAUAAUCAGUGUGUGCAGAUCUUCUCCAAUGAGGGAGAGUUUCAGAGCCGGUUUGGAGUUCGUGGCCGUUCACCGGGGCAGCUGCAGAGGCCCACUGGUGUCGCUGUGCAUCCAAAUGGUGACAUUAUCAUCGCUGACUAUGAUAACAAGUGGGUUAGCAUCUUCUCCAGUGAUGGCAAAUACAAGGCUAAGCUGGGGUCUGGUAGGCUGAUGGGUCCAAAGGGCGUCUCUGUGGAUCAGAAUGGUCACGUUAUUGUUGUGGACAACAAGGCCUGUAUGGUGUUCAUCUUCCAGCCCAGUGGGAAACUUGUAACAAAGUUUGGCAGCAGAGGAAACGGUGACAAACAGUUCGCAGGACCCCAUUUUGCUGCAGUCAACAAUAAUAAUGAAAUAAUUGUCACUGACUUUCACAAUCAUUCAGUCAAGGUGUUCAGUGCUGAAGGUGAGUUCCUGCUCAAAUUUGGCUCAAACGGUGAAGGCAACGGUCAGUUCAAUGCUCCCACAGGCGUCGCAGUGGACGUUAACGGGAAUAUCAUCGUAGCUGACUGGGGAAACAGUCGCAUACAGGUGUUUGAUGGAAGCGGUUCUUUUCUGUCCUACAUCAACACAGCGGCGGAUCCUCUUUACGGGCCGCAGGGUCUCGCCCUGACCUCUGACGGCCAUGUUGUUGUGGCUGACUCCGGUAAUCACUGUUUUAAGGUGUACCGUUACCUUCAGUGAUUCGGUACUUCAUAGAUCCGUAUCCAUCUCUUGCACUUCUGCUGCAGAUCCAUCACGCUUACUCUCCUGCGCUAACUGCUUCGUUCUUGCUGGAAUGGAUCGAUGCGUCUUGAAUAAUUAUUGUCAGUGCUAUGAGAUGAAUAUUUGGGAGAGCUGAGGCUUGUAAAGUUAAAGUGUGGUCACAUUUAGCUUCCAGGUUCAGUCUACAUGCAGGAAUCAGUUCACACUGUACACAUUUGCGUAUUGUUUUCAUUUCUCACCCUGUAGAAAAGUUUAGCUUAGGUGAACUUUGACCUCACUCUUUGACCCUUUAAUAAACAUGGAGGAAUCUGGAGUUUUGCCUCUCGCCAACCUUUUAUAACUCAGUGCUGCAAAAAUACAGAAUUUAAAAUAGUUAUUAAUACUUUAGCAUUGAAUUAUUCACUUAAUAAUUAUGAUAUAAUAUCAUCAUCAUCAUCAUAUAAAGUGUUAAAUUUGACACUUCAUUGUAGGAUUAUUUCAUCUGUUCUUGUUCAGAAUUUUUUUGAACCAAGUUUUUUUUUCUUUUUUAUUUCUCUUGUGGCUGAAAGCGUCGUUUUACACGACUGUCAAUCACUCCAGAUUCCAGUACCAAGUGACUCAUCUGCUGUUUUAUUGAGGAAAAAGAAGAGUGCUCUUUUGGCGUAUUUUUGAGUGAUGACCCUUAGCAGCGUUACUCCAGUGCUAAAAUGCAGAGCUCCUACACAAAACACGUAAAGAUUGCCAGGUCUGGAGUUUUAAUGUGACCACAGCUUUAUUUAGCAGCCACUCACAGCCACGUAUUUGCUGCACUGUAGUAGAGUUUUAUGAGAUCUGACGAGCAUGUGUUUGGGGAUUGAACCUGAGACGUCUCGGCCUUCACUGCUAAACCUGAGUUAUGCCUCGUGCAUGUGAACAACAUUACACUGAAAUUCAGCAACGUUCUCCAUCACUGUUCUUUAAGACUGAAUUUAAUGACACUAUUUAAAGUCGCAUACAAACUUCACAUGUUUAAUUCACGCUGCACGUUAAAGCAAAUUCCUGAUGGUCACGUCCAUCUCUCAGUGAUUUCAGUGCACUUAGUAAAUAAAAUCUAGAAUAAUAUAUAACACACAUUGAUACUUUAUAGUACAUGGACUUUGCUCUGUGCUAUUAGACUUUGGAAGUGUAAGAGCUCUAAAAGUAGAUCCACAUUAACACGCUGUCGUCUCGCCUUCUUAUAGGACUUUACUAGCAAAUAUCAGGCCUCUAUUUUUAUUUUAAAAUAUUUAAAAGGGAAAAAAAUCUCUAUAUUUAUGUAUUUAUCUUGACUAAUGUUUCAAAGAAAAGUGCAAAAAGUGGUGAGUUUUUCUAGUUUGUUGCAGGAUGUCUAUUAAUAGUUUUCUCUUUGGCCAGUAGGUAACGUAAUAAAGCUCUUUAAUUCAGCGCCAGGGUCGAUAUCGAACUCUUUCAAUAUUUCUGCUAUAUACACAUCUAUAUAUGGGAUCGUUUCAUAUUGGCAUGUUUUACCAACUCGUAAUAAAAGAACAGCCUGGUUAAUUCACUCAUAAUACGUUUCAAUGGCAAUAGUACUUCCAUCAUCACUCUAACAUAAUCCCUAUUUCAGAUUUUUGCUGUCACAUUAAAAUCCUGCGAUUCUGUCGGAUUUUGUUCGGAUUGUUUGUUCACUGUUGUACAGUUUCAUUUGUACUGAAAAAAAAGAACAAUCUAGGAAUGUUAAAUUUACUAGAUGAUUUAAAAUUCCGCUUGAAUGUUCAUGCUCUGUAAAAAAAAAAAAAAAAAAAAAAAAAGCUUUAA